AGCCGAGUGUAACGGGCAUCGCAAACAUGUUUCCUUCUCGCACCGGCAGUGGGCCCCAGCCGCCGGGAAAUGGAGUACGAAAGGAUAACACAUCAUCGCGACGCGCGCGGACGCCCAAGUCCUCUGCAGCGACCGACGCUACGUCUCGAAGCAAAGGUGACAGCAGCGUCCGCGUGGCUCUUCGGGCACGACCAUUAAACACCAGUGAAGCCAGUCGAGGGGACACGUCGAUGUUCCGGUUUAUGUCCAACAACCGCUCUGAGAUGCAAGUUGUGUCGGCCGGCGCGGGUGGGCGAGAGCUCGUCCGGAACUUUCAAUUCGACUUGUGUGCGUCGGAAGACGUGAGCCAGGAAGAGUUUUUCAAUCUCAGCGGGAUCACGACCUUGCUCGACUCGGCGCUGGAGGGGUACUUGGCCACCGUGUUCGCGUAUGGCCAAACAGGUUCUGGCAAAACGUACAGUAUGUCGGGACUGGAAGAAAAGCUCGGGCUGUCGAGGGAGCGCCCCGUUGGCCAUGACGUGGACGACCCGUCCGAUGGGCUCAUUCCUCGCUCCAUCCGCUAUUUGUUCCAGUCGAUGGCCAACAAGGCUCCCGACACGUCGUUCUCGAUGAAAGCGUCGUACUGCGAAAUUUACAACGAACAGGCGUACGAUCUCCUGAAUGCAGCGUCGGGGGCGCUAAAUGUCCGGUGGAAUGAGCGCAAUGGCUUUUAUGUCCAAAAUCUGCUUGUUGUGCAAUGCGACUCGAUGGAGGAUGUCAUGGCGGUUGUCGACGAAGGCCAUCGAAAUCGCCGAGUGGGGAGCCAUGAAAUGAACAAAGACUCGAGUCGCAGUCACAGCAUCUUGACUAUUACGCUGGAUCAAGAAGUCCUCGACCCGAACGACGGCCAUUCGGUCGUCAAGUACGGGAAGAUGUCGUUCGUGGACCUCGCAGGAAGCGAACGACUGCGCGACACUAAGUCGGCCAACGCCGAGGAAACCAGCAGCAUCAACAAGAGCCUGCUUACCCUCGGCAAAGUGAUCGCAGCACUUGGCACGAAAUCCAACAUGCAGGCGUUCGUACCAUACCGAGACAGCAAACUGACCAAGUUGCUCAUGGACUCGCUUGGCGGCAGCAGCCUCACCCUUAUGAUCGCAUGUGUAUCGCCGUCACCGGUCGUGAUGGAAGACACGUUAAGCACGUUGAACUACGCCACGAGGGCCAAAAAUAUUCAAAACAAACCGACGCUGCAAAUGGACCCGAAAGAGAGCUUGAUUUUGGGGCUAAGGAAAGAGAAUCAAGUACUUCGAACGGAGAAUGCGUAUUUGAAGCAGCAGCUGCAAAGCGUCGGAAAAUGUGGGGCCGUCCCGCCCACAGACAUGCUUCGGAAUCCAUCGCUGACUUCGGAAGGGAUGAAGCCGCCGAUACGAAUCGCCCCCCUGAAUGGCAGAGUUCCAAAUGCACCAGAAGAGCCUUUGCCUUCACCCACCGUCGCCGACUUUGAGUCGCUGAAUGGUGUCAUGGCUGCAUACCAGAGCCAGCUCAUCUAUUUGCAGCAAGAAAACGCCCAGCUGCAUGCGAAUCAAGGGUACUCCGAACAUCGGCUAAAAAGCCUGAUGGCUGAGAAUGAGGCGCUGCAGAACGCGGUGGAAGUGAGCACCCGAAACACAGCCCUUAGUCGCACGAACGAGGCCAUGGACAAGUUAAAAGCAGAAAACGAACGACUGAAGAUACAACUGCAGCACCAUCGCGAGAAGAACCCCUGCGAUUUUGAUGUCUUGGAUCAAGUAAGGCAGAUGAACGUUCGGGUGGAGCAACUACAGAAACGCGAGCAAGAGCUGAUGAUGGCACUGGCACGAAAGAAUCGUUCGAGGGAGUAGAAUUUUGAUUAACGGAGUCUAGAGUUCCCUGCCAACACUUGAAGUUGCGACACACGAAUUUGACAAUUAUGUAGUACUU